UACAACGGUGUUUCAGCGGGGAGGUCGAGAGGAUUUGUCUAGUAAUAAGAGGGAUUGGAGUUGGGGCCGGCCGACUGCUCUGCUCCAGUCCGACGCGAGCAAAUCCAGGGACCGAAAUCACGCUCUCGGUUGCAGAGAUAUAGCCAGGAAACGGCUGUGGUCGUUGGAGGAUUCUAAUUUUAUACGAGUAGAAAGAAAGGGAGUCCGAAGGGUGAUCCUACUCUUCUCCAGAUGCAGAGUUCGAGUCGUGAUCCUCCAGAGCUCUAGGCGGACAACAUAAUUCUAAGAUUAUGCGGCGGAAGUUUGGCUCUAAUUUUACGAGUAUAAAUCAAGGGAGUUCGAAGGGCCAGCUGCCGGAUUGUGAGCUCCUAGUAGCUCCCUUCUCUCGGCCGACUCGGCUCGAGUUGCGUCAUCGCGGGCGUGAUCCUACUCUUCUCCUGAUCGAGUCUCCGAGUCGUGAUCCUAUCAAAGAGUUCUGGGAACUCGACCUAAACAAAUCCCUGGUUUGCCGGAGAUAAAUUUAGUACUAUGUGUGAUUCAUUUCGAACAUACAAAAUCUACCAAAUUAUUAUUUUCCAACAAUGCAAAUUAGCAAUUCCACCUUCACCCAGCUGCGGGAUGCGGCUUUUCUGUCUCCCCGAGCUCCUCUGCCCGCCGCCGCGUGGUCACACUCUGAGAUCCGAAUACUCCAUUGACGCGUGGGAUCCAGGGCCCCAGUCCCCACCGAGCCACUCUGAAAUCCAGCAGGAGGAGCUCGACUGCUACCUGCCCGUCGACUUCAGCGUCUUGCUUGCUCGACGCCAGCAGUUUGUGGAGGAGAUCAGGCACAAGAGGUUCCGACCCAAGAAGAAAAAGAAAAAGAAGGGUUAUGUUCUCGGCCUGCCUUCUUGGUUUUUCGCAAAUGCCGAUGAUAACCCCCUGUCCGCCGCAGUCACCAAGGCUGAUAUCUCUUACUUGAACUGUGAGGACGAAGACAAUGCCGAGGACAGUUUCCCUGUUGCAGAGGAAGAGAAGCAUGGCGAUAAGGAGCUGAUCCCAUCUUGCGCAGUACAGAAAUAUGAUGUUGAACAAGUGGACAAAAUUAAUGAAAGAAGAGUUGAUUUGCUGACAACCUUGGUGGAGGAAAACCACAAAGAAUUUUUCAGUGGAGAGGGGAUAACAGAUUAUUUGCGUCCUCAACCUUUGUUAGCCCUCGACAAUGUCACCCACUCAUGCAUAUUGACCACAAGAUGCUACCAUCGCACAUACAGGACUGAUGAUAUCACUGAAACUGACCCGAGCUACCGAGAGCUCGAACCUGAAAACAUGGUUCAGAUUUUCUCGUUGACGUUGCCGGAGACUUAUCCUUGUUCUAUCAGUAUUUAUGGAAUCUUUGCCAUUCGGGAUGUUCUACAUCCAGGUCGAAAUUAUCUGUUUAGGCGCUCCAGAGAUAACUCCAUCACUAUUCAUCCUGGCUCUACUCUGCCUCUCAUCAGCCCUUGUCGCGGAAUCUACGCUCUAACUCGCGCUUUACUGGAUGUUGAUCUUCGGAUAAAGCAUGAUGGUGACGAUGAAUCAGCUGACGAGAAAUUCGUUGCUGGAUACUUUGAGUUGCUGGUUGAGUGCAAGUACGACAUGAGAUUUUGUCAGCGCCUUCACGAUGGCAUACGCAGCCACUUCCUGGAUGUCGAUGGCCGCUAUAUUGGAUGGAGCAUCGCAGCCACGGUAAUAGCAUCCGCUGACAUUCCUUAUCCUUGCCACGUGACGUUCAAGGCCUAUACGAGCGGUUUUGAUGACGAGAUCACGAUUUUCGAUGACCCGCAUCGUGAAGGAGAAUUGCAGUUCAGGCAUGUGGUAGCUGUGAAGGUGCUGUGUACGCUGGAGCUUUGCCUCAAACUGGACGGAAUGUGCUAUUCCCACUCUUUCAAGGCUGGGGUCGACUCGAAACCUGUCAAGUUCGGACCCAUGAAAGCGCUGGUGGUUUGGUCCGUCAUGAACCGGCACAGGUUCUGGUGGUGAUGGUUAGUGCUUGAGAAUACUACUAGUCUGUUAGGAAUAGCUAUGAAGCACACUAAUUAGCUGCUGCUUUAGCGCCUUCAGUUAAUUAUUAACGAGGUGUCCCGUAUCUAUGUCUUCUUUGACUUUGUGUCAAUUAUCGAGGUUUCUUCUGCUCUGCUCUGCUC